GCAAAUUUCAUUAAGGUGGACAAGAUGCAAAACCCGCACUAUCGUACUCUACUCGCUGAUAAAGAACGCAACCAUACACUGCAGUCCCCGUCAGAGCUAGGGACUGCCAAAAGACUUCCGGGCACCUAAUAGUUUUAUGCAUUUUUUAAUUUACGGUCUCAUCUAAGUUAUAGGUUACUAAUUGCGGUAAAUCAUUGAACUGGCUACCACUACAAGGUGUACUUCGUUACAAUGCUGAUCAUAUCAGUCGUCUUAUCUAAAAUGUGCUGAAGCAAGAGCCAUGAUGGUGUCUCUCAGUCUCAGCCCUCACGUCCCGCCGCUUUCCUGACCAAAUCCUCGCUGGCAGACCAUAAACCAUGAACAGUGCAUCACCACCCAUAGUUGUGAUAGAAAAGCAGCUAUCGGACAACGGCGAGGAAGAGGAAAACGGGCAUUUAACCGCACUACCUUCAAAGAUCCAGGGUAGAUGUCUCAUUCUGACUGUCAUUGCUGCAGGGAUUGGCGGAACAUUCCAGUAUGGCUACAAUAUUUCCAUUAUUAAUGCUCCAACCACUUACAUCCAGGAAUUUAUUAAUGAGACUUCGAUGGAGAGAUGGGGAAAGCCAUUGGACAGCAACGUGAUACUUUUGCUCUGGUCUUUCAUUGUGUCGAUCUACCCUCUGGGAGGGCUUAUAGGAGCCUUGAUAGCAGGACCAAUGGCUAUCAAGUUUGGGAGAAAGAAGUCCUUGCUGGUGAAUAACUUCUUUGUGAUUAUUGGUGCUCUGAUGGUUGGCUUCAGUCGUACAGCAAAAUCCUUUGAAAUGAUCUUACUAGGAAGACUAUUCUCAGGAGUCAAUGCUGGUGUGAGUAUGAAUAUCCAACCAAUGUACCUUGGUGAGAGUGCACCAAAGAAGUUCCGAGGGGCAGUCACCUUGACAUCAGCAUCGUUCACUGCAUUUGGGAUUAUGCUAGGGCAAGUUAUUGGGCUUAGGGAGAUACUGGGCAGUGAGGAAUUGUGGCCACUCCUGCUGGCAUCCAAUGCAUUUCCAGGUGUUAUACAGCUUGUGUUCCUGCCAUGGUUCCCAGAGAGUCCCAGAUACCUGCUUAUCGAUAAGAAGGAUAAAGAUGGCUGCAUCAGUGCCCUAAGGCAGCUGCGUGGACAUGCCGACCUCAGAGAUGAAAUGGAGGAGAUGCUGGCUGAGCAGGCUGCUGUACAAGGUGAGAAGUCCAAGAGGCCCUGGGACCUAUUCCAAGACCGUUCCGUCCGCUGGCAACUGAUCACCAUCAUUGUGCUGAGUUCUGCAAUGCAGCUAUGUGGCAAUGAUUCGAUGUACUUCUAUGCCUCCUAUGUGUUUCAGGAAGCAGGAAUUCCUUAUGAUAAAAUCCAGUAUGUAAUCAUUGGGACAGGAUGCUGUGAAUUAAUCACUGCAACGACCUGCAACCUGUUUAUUGAACGUGUGGGUCGCAGAAUUCUUAUUCUGGGAGGAUACAGCCUCAUGGCAGUAUGGGCCAUUGUGUUUAUGAUUGCACUGUCACUGCAGGGUCGUAUUACUUGGAUGCCUUACUUAAGCAUGGCUUGUAUCUUCGCCUACAUACUAAGUUUUGGUAUUGGACCAGCUGGAAUAACGGGAAUCCUUCCAACAGAGCUUUUUGAUCAAACAUCACGACCUGCUGCCUACAUGAUUGGAGGUUCUCUUCUAUGGUCUAUGCUGUUUGUAGUUGGCAUCUUAUUUCCCUUCAUUGUGGAAGGCCUUCAGGAGUUCUGCUAUGUCCCAUUCUGUACUGUAUGUAUCCUUUCUGCCUUAUAUGUCUGGUUCUUCCUCCCAGAAACAAAGGCCAAAACCUUUUUGGAAAUCUCACAAGAGUUCAACAAGCGAAACUUAAAACAAUUAAAACAAAACUCUACAUACAAUUGCACUAAUGACAUUCUGUCUACUGCACUGUAGGCCUCAAAGAGCUCCCACGUUCCUGCAGUCCUGCCUGCAUAUGCAGUUCUCUCAUCGAAAAGGAAACACCUGUGAAAUCAGUAGCAUCAAUUACAUUUGCUGAGUCUGGUGAUGGUGCGUUGGAGUACCUUUUUCGGUGAAGAUUUAUUCCACUGAUAUAUGACUCCCCUGGAUCUGCAUGCCCUUUUAUCUGUCCUGAGAUUGAAUUUUUCCAUUUGCAAUUGCCUUCAUUUAGGAAUCCACACAGCAUAACCGUGGUCUGUCAGUACUGUUUCAAGGUUCAUAGGUCUACAUACCAAACUUUUGAUCUGUUGGUCUUUUGCAGCUUUGAAUUGCAUAACCCCAUGCCAGUGUUAUCACUGGUCAUAAAAUCAUACAAUGAUUUUCUUAUAUUUCUUUUUAGUUAUAAAAAUAUUUGAUUGAUUUUUUUUAAAGCAGACUAACUUACCAGCUGAUAAUUCAUCCAUGGUAAACAACAGUUCAUAGUUUAAUUGUGUACUGCACCAUUAAGUUUAUCACUAUUAGCAUUCAGGAAAUCCAGCCAUUUAGAUUUGUAAUAUAUUGCAAUUAUUUUUCACUCUAAGACAUCUACAGUACUGUCUGUGAUAUUUACAAUCACCUUUUUUUUUUACAGUCACUUUUUGUAGCUUUAACUCCUUACAAUGUGAACAGAGUAAUAUGGUGUUAGGCUAGGAUAUGCAAGUAAGAUGUAAUGGAAUACAGUCUGUGGACCUGGUUUUACGUAAACAUAUAUGUUACCCAUUCAUUGCUUGCAGACUAUCAAGUUGUCAACCUUCCGUCUGUCCCCUCUACAAUCCAGUGGGUGAAAAAUGAUUACAGGAGCUGUUGCUGAAGCAACUCUCAGGGGGUUUGGGGGGGGUUUAUCUUUUUUAGCUCUACUGUUUAUUGCACAUACGGGUAGCAUCCAAGAGGUUGGAAUGCUGUGGGCCUUGUGACUGACAUCCGCUCCUUCACAUUCUACAUAAAGAUGGCCCAGACUCCCUGUGCUUUUCACUGGAGAUUGUACCACAGAGAGUAUAUCCAAACAUAUGCUCUUAAUGCCCCCCCCCCCAAAGGCGGAAACAGAUGUCAGUUUCCUCAUUCUUCUCUUCUCACAUGCCAGCAACGCUAGCUACUGGAACCACUAGUCAAACUCUUUUUAUCUGGGUCACUUUAAGAGCUUUACGUCUCAAUCCUAAUGGAGCUAGCAAAUAUGACCCCUUCUUUGCUGUUGGUUAUACAUAUAUGAUGGAUCUGUGGAUGUUGCUGGCAUUCCCAUUAAACUGUAUUCCAUGGGUAGAGUCAUUGUAGAGAAUAUCAGAUUGCUUUCAUGUUGAAAGAACACAGAUCCCAGUGUGACAUAACCUGAAAUUUUGAGCAGCUAUUUUUUUUUUUUAAUUGGUAAUUGGUUCCCUAGCCCUUUGUGAUCAUCAAGCCUCCCAAUCAGUAACCCAGUAAGACAUAUUCAUUUCUUGUAAGGACAAGAGGCCUCCUGCCCAGUCAUUCCCUCUGUGGCCAAGCAUAGAACACCAGGAGUCGUGCCACCAUACUUUAUGGAGUUGGGGAUUUUUUUAUUAUGUAACUAUGAACGUCAGAUGUAGCUAUUAGUUAUCCUAUAGCUUAUACAGUAGUGAACAGACAUGCUUACAUGCAUGUAGCCUUCAGUUUCUUCUGCUGCACUCCGUACUGGCAAGCAUGGCCACCAAAGUCCACCAUGUGGAUCAACAGUGUCCCUUUCCCCAGGGGGGUAACUCAGCAUUUGCCACUCGACUACCUCAAUCUUGCCAGCUUCAUAGCAUUUUAACCAGCUGUCAAAUAUGGGCAACUGGAACAAGAGUCUUAGUGGUAUCUGUCUAAGCCAUGGAGCUGGCAAACUAAAAAAAAAUAUGAGAAAACUGACGGUAAAAUAUGUUAUUGAUUUGUACAAUUUUGGCUGAAAUUUGUGAUGUAUUUAAUGUGUUAAAUGAAAUGUUAUACUUCUAUGGUUGUGCAUGAUUUACAGAGCACUUACGUUGUUGACAGGUAAUGGAAUGUAUUUAUGCUUUCUGGAGCUGGUGAUGAUUCUAAAAUGCACUCCCCAAACACAUUAUUUCAAGCACUUUGGAGAUUUUGAAUCUUGAAGCUGUAGAGCUACACAUGCUGUACGCUACCUUACAAUGUGGCAAGAGCAAGAAUCUAGUGAUGGGAGGUUACACGUUGGUACUUUGACUCCAGUGUAGUCGAAUCCUGUUUCUGAGAUCUUGUUGAAUUGAUUAUAUAUAAUCAUUAGACUAUUAAUUAAGCACAUAAGAAGAAAGAUUAGGGUAGCAAAUAUUAAAAUUAAACUUUUAUGAAGGGAGGGGCUAGGCUACACAUCUUGUACUGCACCAUACCCCCAAACUUAUGUAUACUAACUCCAGGUCACACAAUCACUUUAAAAAGAGCACUUAUUUAAAAUGCUUUGCAAGCUGAUAAUAAUAUAUACGUUUGUGGAAUGUGAGAGAAAGAUGAAAACCCUCUGUUUUGGGGUGUGGAAGGGGCAUAGCUUCUCUGCAAAAACACCUGCCGUAGAUUAUAUAUUGAUGCUUUAAGUAAUGCAUACAAUUUGCAUGAGUUGCAGCAUGUUUCAUCCAUGUUUCAGGUAUUCACAUUUUAUAUUUAGGUGAAACAGGAUUUAACUGCAUGGGAGCCAGGGUUACUGCAAGUAUCAGUCAUGUUACAGGGGAGUGAUGGUAUAAAGGGCAAAAAUACUAAAUCAUCACACUGUCAGUACAGAUUAUGUGCUGUAAGCUGACUGAUAUGGGGCAGGAUUUUGUUGGGGUAAUAUUUUUCCAUGGAAGGAUGACAGGCUGUUGGAGCCCACCAUCAAUGAUGUAACCAAGCUGUUGGAGGCCCCCAUCAGCAGUGAAAACAAAGCUGACAGUAUGUGGUGACAGAAAGCUACUGCAUGGGCAGUGAAUGAAAAUGAUGGCAUGCCUUCUGUUGCCAUGGGAAUUUAUAUUCUACCUCCAUAUUUAUUGUAGCUUGAUGGCAUGUAAGGGAAUUGUAUAUUAUUUUAAAUGUUAAUUCCGCAUCUUUACUUCAUUUACCAGAUUAUACAACUUUUUGCAACUUAUUCCUAUUUACUUUCAGACCUUUUCUUAAACAUGUUUAAGAAAAUAUUUGAGGUUUUGCAAUGAAAACUAAGGAUGAACAGCAUAUUAAAUUACAGGAUUUGGGACAGUUUGUUUUUCACUUGAAAUAAACAGAGACAAGAAAAAUGCCAGAUAUGACUGUGCUGAAGUACACUCCAUAAUAUUAGAUGGUCGUUUUCCUUUCUGUCUUUUGGUAGUCACUAUGUAGGUUAUAAGCUAUACUAAACUAAUCUCUCUACUAAUAAGCACAUAGUUUCUGCUAUUUCUCCCUUUCUUUGCAAUCUCUAUUUAACCAAAAAAAAACCACAUACCUUCCUAAAGCAUGCCUGUUCAAACAGGUCCACUGUGCAUGGGCCAACUUGUUUACAUCACCUAACAUACUAACCACAUCUUUUUACUUCUCCAGCUCUCUCGACCAAGCUUCCUUUAUUUACCAAAGAAGUGUUUAUGCAUAUAUUUAUACACUCACACAUACACAGACAUUACAAAAAAAACUCAUCAUCCUUAUGUACACUACUGUCGUAACUUGAAACAUCAUCUUUUCUGACUGUACUUGCUGACAUCACUUGCUAAUACAAACAGCUUGACAUUGCAGUGUUAAUUGUAUAUUACCUUUAUUUUACCUGUAUCCGUAUUUGUAUUGUCUUCACAUGGGUUGUACCUGCAAUUGUUUAGUGUUGAUGUUUUGAUCUUUGCACUACUCCAGUAAACAAAUACGUUUCACCAGAUCUAGUUUGGUUCUCUGCUUGUACACUAUAUGGCCACUGGAUGGCAGGACACAGAUUUCUGAGCUGACUUUAUAGCCCAGCGAUGACACAUUACAAGCUGAAAGCCUAAAAGAAAAUAAAACAAAACCUUCAGGUACUCUGACAAGAGACAAACAAGCAUGUACUA